GGCCGGCGGGGGCGAGGCAGAUGGGGCUCAAGGCUCGCAGGCCGGCGGGGGCGGCUGGCGGCGGCGGCGACGGGGGCGGCGGAGGCGGCGGGGCCGCUAACCCUGCCGGAGGGGACGCGGCGGCGGCCGGCGACGAGGAGCGGAAAGUGGGGCUAGCGCCGGGCGACGUGGAGCAAGUCACCUUGGCGCUGGGAGCCGGAGCUGACAAAGACGGGACCCUGCUGCUGGAGGGCGGCGGCCGCGACGAGGGGCAGCGGAGGACCCCGCAGGGCAUCGGGCUCCUGGCCAAGACGCCCCUGAGCCGCCCGGUCAAGAGGAACAACGCCAAGUACAGACGCAUCCAAACUUUGAUCUACGACGCCCUCGAGAGACCGCGGGGCUGGGCGCUGCUCUACCACGCGCUCGUGUUCCUGAUUGUUCUGGGGUGCUUGAUCCUGGCCGUCCUGACCACCUUCAGGGAGUACGAGACUGUUUCGGGAGACUGGCUUCUGCUGCUGGAAACAUUUGCUAUUUUCAUCUUCGGAGCCGAGUUUGCUUUGAGGAUCUGGGCUGCCGGCUGUUGCUGCCGAUACAAAGGCUGGCGGGGACGACUGAAGUUUGCCAGAAAGCCCUUGUGCAUGUUGGACAUCUUCGUGCUGAUCGCUUCAGUGCCGGUGGUUGCCGUGGGAAACCAGGGCAACGUCCUGGCCACGUCCCUGCGGAGCCUGCGCUUCCUGCAGAUCCUUCGGAUGCUGCGAAUGGACCGGAGGGGCGGCACCUGGAAGCUCCUGGGCUCGGCCAUCUGCGCCCACAGCAAAGAGCUCAUCACCGCCUGGUACAUCGGGUUCCUGACGCUCAUCCUCUCUUCAUUUCUUGUCUACCUGGUUGAGAAAGAUGUGCCGGAGGUGGAUGCCCAAGGAGAAGAGAUGAAAGAGGAAUUUGAGACCUACGCGGAUGCCCUGUGGUGGGGCCUGAUUACACUGGCCACCAUUGGCUACGGAGACAAGACGCCCAAAACGUGGGAAGGCCGUCUGAUCGCAGCCACCUUUUCGUUAAUCGGCGUCUCCUUUUUUGCCCUGCCAGCCGGCAUCCUGGGGUCCGGGCUAGCGCUCAAGGUGCAGGAGCAGCACCGUCAGAAGCACUUUGAGAAAAGGAGGAAGCCCGCUGCUGAGCUUAUCCAGGCCGCCUGGAGGUACUAUGCUACCAACCCCAACAGGAUUGAUCUCGUGGCGACGUGGAGGUUCUAUGAAUCAGUCGUCUCUUUUCCAUUCUUCAGGAAAGAACAGCUGGAUCCAGCAGCCAGCCAAAAGCUGGGUCUCUUGGAUCGGGUUCGCCUUUCUAAUCCUCGUGGUAGCAAUACUAAAGGAAAGCUAUUUACCCCUCUGAAUGUAGAUGCCAUAGAAGAAAGUCCUUCUAAAGAACCAAAGCCUGUUGGCUCAAACAAUAAAGAGCGCUUCCGCACCGCCUUCCGCAUGAAAGCAUACGCUUUCUGGCAGAGCUCUGAAGAUGCUGGGACAGGGGACCCCACAGCGGAAGACAGGGGCUAUGGAAAUGAGUUCCUCAUCGAAGACAUGAUCCCCACCCUGAAGGCCGCCAUCCGAGCCGUCAGAAUUCUACAAUUCCGUCUCUAUAAAAAAAAAUUCAAGGAGACUUUGAGGCCUUAUGAUGUGAAGGAUGUGAUUGAACAAUAUUCUGCUGGACAUCUCGACAUGCUUUCCCGAAUCAAGUACCUUCAGACAAGAAUAGAUAUGAUUUUCACCCCUGGACCUCCAUCUACUCCAAAACAUAAGAAGUCUCAGAAAGGAGCCGCCUUCACCUACCCAUCCCAGCAGUCUCCCAGGAAUGAACCCUAUGUAGCCAGACCAUCCACAUCAGAAGCUGAAGACCAAAGCAUGAUGGGGAAGUUUGUGAAAGUCGAAAGGCAGGUGCACGACAUGGGGAAGAAACUGGAUUUCCUGGUGGACAUGCACUUGCAGCACAUGGAGCGGCUCCAGGUGCGUGUCAGCGACUUCUCCCCGAGCAAGGGGGCCUGCUCGCCAGCCGAGGCCGAGCGGAAAGAGGACCACAGGGACUCGGAUUUGAAAACCAUCAUCUGCAACUAUUCCGAAACGGGCACCCCCGAUGCCCCCUACAGCUUCCACCAGGUGCCCGUCGACAAAGUCGGCCCCUAUGGGUUUUUUGCCCAGGACCCCGUGAACCUGCCCCUAGGGGGACCCAGUUCUGGAAAGGGUCAUGCGGAAAGGGUCACCUAUGCGGAAAGGCCCACCGUCCUGCCUAUCUUGACGCUUCUCGACUCCCGGGGGAGCUACCGCUCCCAGGCGGAACUGCAUGGCCCCUGCUCGGACCGCGUCUCCCCCCGGCAGAGGUGCAGCCUCACCCGGGACAGCGACACGCCCCUAUCCCUGAUGUCAGUCAACCACGAGGAGCUGGAACGCUCGCCCAGUGGCUUCAGCAUCUCCCAGGACAGAGACGAUUAUGCGUUUGGCCCGAGCGGGGGGUCGAGCUGGAUGAGGGAGAAACGGUACCUGGCCGAGGGUGAGACGGACACGGACACCGACCCCUUCACACCCAGUGGCUCCAUGCCUCUGUCGUCCACAGGGGAUGGCAUUUCUGAUUCAAUAUGGACCCCUUCCGGCAAGCCCACUUAAAAAGGGGGUCGUGGGCUGACUCCUCCUUGUAAUGUAGACAGACUUUGUAUAGCUCACUUGCUCUCACACCCGCCACGUCCCUUUGAGAUCACCGGGGGCUGCAUCAAACGCAUGCAUGUGCGUGGUGGCCCCACCUGGGCGGGGGCUUGUCGUGGCCUUUUACCUCCCCCGGUCACCACAAUGAAGCCGCUUCCUUUCAAGCAUGGUUUGCAUGACUUUACACUAUAUAAAAUGGUACCGCUAACCUCUUUAAGAUACACAUUUAUCCGCUGUUCUUACUUUGAAUCAUGACUGGGCCAGUACAGGGAGAAAUUAUGGAUGAGCCGUGCUAUGUGUCUGUGUGGUUGGCUGCUUUGGGUUUUGGUUUGGUAAGCAGAGAAAGUCGUUUCCGUUGCUCUCGCAUCACUGCCCCUUUGUGUAAAACACUCCAAUGAUUAGUUGUUUUCUACAGCAAGCAAAUAGUUCCCUCAACAAAAAAGCAUCAUGUACCAAGGAGGUUGCCUCUUGAGCUAAAAUGUGAGGGCAGGAAUGAGAUAGCAUCAUAUCUGCCAAACUAAGAAUUACAAAAUUAUUUUAUUAAGGAAAAGCUGGGAAAACCUUCCAAAAGCUCUCAGGGACCUCACUUGGUCUGUCGUUGUCAACUCUCACGCCCGUUUCUUCAUCUCUCAAAGGUGGUGGCAAGUGUAACAUUUCGGAUGAGUUGUGAAUAGGCAGGGAGAAAGCACACACACACGUUAAAAUAGUUCCCAACUUAUGCAGCCAAAGAUAACAAAAUUUAUCAGCCGCAGGGUGCCCCUUGGGGCAGGAGUCCAGUUCAGUGCCUUCAAGACGAGGUUCCAAUUCACAUUCCUCCCUGUGAUACUCAUACAAGAUGCCCGAGUCAAAUGGGAACUGGAGUCAAGAGGGCACACAGAAAUUGCCUGGUCCAGGACCUUCCCUGUAAAAAUGAGAAACUGUAGGCCAGGUAAAGAGAGAUGACUGGGAUGCCCCCAUCACCCGCCAGGAGAGCUGGGACUCAGAUCUCAGCCAGCUGACUGUCUGCAGGCCCUGGUCUCCUCCCAACACUGCUCUGCAGUUUCCACAAUGGGACCAAGUGCCUGUAUUCUGUGUUGUAUAGAAAGCACUCAUGAAACUGUUUGUCCAAGUGGGAGGGGGAUGUCUGCUUUUAUUGCAAAACAAGCUUGUCUGAUGCUUUGCAUUCUGGAUCCAGAAAAAAAAUCAAUACAAUGAAGCUACAACAUUUUAGGCAAAAUUUCCAGAACCAUCUAAUUUCACCCCUCUAGAUAUUUGAAACCACAUGUAGCCAUAAGACUAGCUAAUGUGUAAGCAGACAAGCUGGAGUGCACCGACCUGUAUAAGUAUCAAUAUGAAGCAGAAGCCAUCCUGUUAGGAGAAGUUGCUGCUCUCUGAAACACAUUGAUGGGCAAGAUUUCUGUUAGGCUUGGAAUAAUUAGCUAAAUGACUCCACCACAGUGUUAUUGUCUCACUCUCUUCACACGUCUAAGGGCCGUUGUAGAUGGUUGCCAGGGUGACCAUCAAACUGAUUGACAUGAGUGUCUGCAUCCCACCAGUAUUCUCCCUCGAAUUGUUGCCAAGAGCCCGAAUGGCUGUGGCAGACACGAGGUUGACAGCUUCAUCAUUACCUAAUGCGAGGAUUUUGCACUAUAUUGGAGAGAGGAGCUUCUUCCUCAGAUGUGGGUUUCUUUCAACCACAUGUCAACAGGUAUCUCGUAAAAGGCUCAGAGUACAGUGAUAAUGAAGGGUCAGCCCCUGACUUUAGGAACUUACAGCCAAAGUCUGAAGUCCUUGGCAUUGUGAAUGGUAGAAAGGAAGUUGUAUGUGGGGAGUCCCAUGAAUGGAUGGGUGUUGACCUUGAAGUCCCAGGUAGGAAAUACAGAAGAAUGAGCACGUACAUCAGAUGUGAAACCCCCUCUCCGAUGGUUGACUAUUGGACUUUCUGGCCAUUUGAAGGGCAAAAGGUGUGGAUCAUUUGAUCCUUCCCAUAUUAUAGGGGGCUGCAAGUGCCACUGGGGUUGUUGACCCAAGAAACCUUAUGUUCCUUCCUUAGGGCUUGGUUCUUGAUUCUGGUCUUCCUGGAAUCUUUCAUCAAAAAUGACUGAGCCAUCUAACAUGCCAAUUAUUUUUCUAACUUAUUAAUACCCCUGCAGAACACACUGGUCUCAGUAUCUUACAAGUAGAGGCAUUUUCCAAGAACUCAGUGGAGUUCCCAGCUGGAAAAGUGAGACUUUCUCAUCCUCAUAUUAAAAAUAGUCAUCAUGGAUCCAAAGUUAGAUGAUUUCCUCAGGUUCUUUUAGUAACUGACAAACGACUGGAAUUUGUAUUUUGUUCCAAACCAUAAGAAGGCACAUUAGCUUCCGUGCUGGGUCAUAAGGCCAGGAUGGCAGGGAUUGGAUUUGUGUUGAUUAUAUAGCCCCAAUGCAGUAUCAGGGUAGACAAAGGCAAAUUAAUCUUCAUGAAUGAAUAAAUGAUAAGAAUCUUAAGAGCCAUUCUUUCCCAUCUAAGAAAGCAAAAAAGAACACAUUUACUUUCUGGAAUAUUCUGCUUUGCUAUUCCCUUUAAAAAAAAAAUUCCUGAAAUGCAAACCAAACCCUGUUCAAGUUGCCUGUCCACAGACAACAUCAUCAACAUGGCUGUCAUUGAUGAAGUAGAAAUUCAGGGUGUAGGACUGAACAUAGGUUAUAGGGAGAAACAGUAUGUGCUUCCACAAACAUCUUUUUGUCAAACCAAGAAACAGCAUGCUGGAAUAAUCCAACAGAAUUGGUAAAUAACCAUUUACCAAGAUUACUGGUAAAUUGAGAUUAUUCUACCAAGAUUAUUCUACUUCAGCUAUACCAGUGGUUUAUCUGAGACUAUUCUACCUCAGAUAUACCAGUGGUUCUGAAGUUUCCCCGAGAAACUACAAUAGUUUCAGCUGAACUUCAUGAAAUAAUGAAAAAUUAAUUCCAUUACAAGAACUAAGUAUGACUUUCUCAAGGGAAACUGUGACUUCAUCAUAUGCAUUUGAUCUCUGUAUGUCACAACAUGAUAUAUGCAAAAUUUAAGAGGUCCUCUUUUAGUAGUAUCAAAAUUAAUUAGAUAAAUUCACUUUCCAAAUGUUAGGUUAAAGGUAAUGCUAUUGGCUGAGAAGAAAGUACUUGAGAUCACUUUUGAGUUUGGACUAUCAAAGACUAGCACACAAGCAAAUUCUGGAAGUAUUUUUUUUCUAACUGUGAGAGGAAAAGGGGGAAAAAAUCAAACUGAGAAAGUUCUAUUUAUUAAGUGUGUUUGUUCUGGAAGCUGAGAGAUCGGAUUUAUUAGACAUGGCAUUGAUGUUAUAAAGCUCUAAUUGUCAUGAAAACAAAGCCAGACAAUCCCAAGGUAUACUAUAGGUCAAAUGAGUUCAUUAGUCAACAAUAUGCAUCGAAUGCCUAUUUUGUGAAAGGCAGUUAGUUCCUAAGACACUGUGAGUUGAAAGAAUAAUUACUUAUAGACAUUAUUAAUUGUUAACGCUAAUAUAACAGGAGCUGCUCAUAACUGGCCAAGAUCAUUGUCAUAAUUCUAUGCCACUCAAAUAAGUGUGAUAAAAACACUCAUUUGUUUAUUCAUUGCCAAGAUUUAUUAAGCACCACUGUCUUCUAGGCACCGCACAAAGCACCAGAAAUUUAGAGAUAAGAAAAAUACCAAAAUCUAGGACUCUAGUGGCCUUGAAUUAUUAAAGUUCCCUUCAAACUGUGUCUACCAAAAGUGGAAAGAACUUCAUCUCAUUCCUGCAGACAAUUCUAUAUAGACAAGAAUGCUUCCAAGGUUGGAAUCAGUGAGAGAUUGAACAUGGAAGAACGUGAAAGUAGAAACUCUGCAUCAAAGUGGUCAUGACCCCAUCAGCUCAGGAAAGGCCAAAUGGGUCCUCCAGGGACUUUAAGUUCCAUGCUUUGGACUUUAUGGCUCCAAAUAAGAUAAGCUGUGGAAGAAGAGUUUUUAGAGCAUCUGAGAAGGUUCUGGAGAAACGCUUUCUCUUCCUCACCAGAUUGCUGCCGUAGUGGACAGCAGGCAAGGAACUGAGACAAUUCCAUUUUGUGUGUUGAUAAAGAGAUGCUUAUAGUAAGUACCAAUAUACAGCAUCUAUUUCAAGAGAAACGCUUCUAGAAACCUACAGACCAGGUUCUUCUGGGGCACGAGAAGAACUGUGUCCAGUGUCUUUAGAUGUCAACUGAAUUUUGAACAGUCUGCCAAGCAUAGCCCAGGCUUCCUCCAGAAGAUGCCAAGUAACUGCUCUUGGUUUUCCUAGAAUCCACACACAAGGCACUUAGAACCACAAGGAUUGUCUUUGCUCUCUGAACCCCAGGCACUCUGAGGAAUCUGCCCCAUUGUCCUCACUUGUCUUUGAAGGCUUGUUUGUUUCAGGAUGAACUUUUGAACAGACUGUAAGUCCUUUCUUUGUAUUGAAAUCAACCCAAAAUUCUUGUGUUACUGAUAUUACACUAUUUAAAACUGAGCCUAAAUCAGGUAGCAGUUAGAACAAUGCCCAGGUCAGAAGCAGAUACUGUCUGUAUAGAUUUAGUGCUUAAGGAAACCAGGAGUGGAAAAUGCCUAAGAACUUGAGAGGAUAUAACGAUGACCUGGAUGAAAAUUUGAGUUAUAUUCAAACAAACAUGUUUGGCUUUUCUGGCAAAUUUUUAUUUUCAAAAGAGCUAAUUCGUAUAGAUAAAACCCCUAGUACAGAGACUGCCAUAUCCGAAUGACUACCAUUCAUGUUCAUUUUUUUACAGUAUAUAUGGAUUCCAUUGCCUGAAUCUUUGGUGUAACUCAUGAACUCUAAAUUUAUGCGAGAAGAUCUUUUUCCGAAAAAGAGUGGUCAAGAUACAAUACCAAUUUUUACACGACAGAAUCAGGAACUUUCACAAUUGCCAUUUAAAUAAGGACAUCUCUAGGAAUAAAAAGCCUUCCUUUUUCCAUCAAAAUAAGGAAGAGCAGACUAUCGGAAGGAGGAGACCAGGACGGUUGGAUCCCAGUGUUCGGGUCGUGGAAGUUCCCUGACACAGUUUGUAGGCGGUAAAGUCAAAUAGGAAUAAUUGAAUAUAAAGAGAUGAGUGGUUUCAACAGGGAAAGUCAAUUGUGCCAUGAUGUCUGAGAGACAAAUGCUAGAAAUGAGUGGAGAACUUCCAUGAAAGAGUUUAAGUUUGCUGAAACCCUCCCCAGGGGGCUUUGUUCUCAGCUUUGAACAGUCUCAGCUCCAGCAUGCCUGCAAGGAAACUGUGAAAUAGUAUUCUCCUCUAUUAUCAUAGAUGCAGGAAAGUAGAAUGUCAUAGAGUUUUAGAUGCUCAGAAUGAGAAGAGACCUCAAUAACCCAGAAAAACCACUUCUCUCUUUAUAUCAGGAGCCAAGAAAAUUACACUUACGUGAUCAGUGACUAAAUGAGUGAUUGUGUCACAGAAUCUAGAAUUCAGAUCUAACUCCUAGACCAGAUGUUAGAGAUCAAAAACUGAAACACCCAGUGAGAAUAGAGCAUUGCUCUUGAGCCCAGGAGAUGAGAGAAAACUUCCCGGUCCACUGGAGCAACUGCAGAAGCAGACACAUGUUCGAAACAUCUUCCUGGCUGGAAUAUGAUUGAGGAUCCCAUGCCUUGAAAGAUGACAUCAUUCCUUCUUCCAAAACCCUGCUGUCUUCAAAGACAUAGUAACACCACUGCUGCUGCGAGCAGUUGAAAAAAGGCAAGAAGAGCCCUGCUCCCCUCCCCUCCGCUCACCGCUCCCACUUUGUCCCCUCCGUGCCCUGCCACGCAUAGGCUGGUUCAUCUCUUUGACCCAUUUGGCUUCAGACUCAUGUCUCAGACUACAUCCUUAUCUAUAAGCCCAUUUACUAGGGUUUCUCUUUGAAAAAAGGAAUUAUGGACUCAAGUUUAAGAAAUGGGAUGUGAUUUCUUUGGGCCCCAAGUCACCAGGUCUACUAAAGUUGACCCUUGGUUUGGGGCUCUCUGGGUCUCUCCUGGGCACAGCCUGUUUCCUCUUGCUUUGUCCCAGAAUGUCUGUCUUGUUCAUGUCACAGCCUAGUAUUCUGGUGUCUUCACCAAAACUACAAAGAAGCAAACAGGAUUUAAUUGCAGAUAUCUUAUGUUCCUGUAACUAGAAAAUUGUUUUAGGAGGUGAACAAGCCUCUGUCGGCUCAAAGGAGGAUUACCAUAGUUGGUUUCCACUCAUGCUGUGCUUGGGAUAGAUUUUCCAGAAUUCAGCAGGGCUGCCCCACAGCCCUUGUUAAACCCAGUAGCAGGAUAUUCAUAUCUCCUGAAUCAGGCAGAACCAGGAGCUCCUAAGAGAUAGAAAGGAAGAUGGUCAAGCUCUUGGAUGGCAAUAGGUGACCCAGGGUUUUUAAAGACUGUCUGGGGUUGAAAUAAGUUUCAGAGAGAAAUAAAUAAAAAAUGGGCUCUAUGUAAGAAUAACCUGAGUGUGACUUAUAAUUGAGCAGUCAAAAUUCUUUCCCACAGAUUAGGAAUAUAUCUGUAAUUCCUCUUAGACUUGUCAAAUGGACUACACAAUUUGACAUCCCAGAGUAAGACAACAUGAGAACAUGUUUUCUUUCCAUGUUCUAUUCUCUUCCUCUGCCCACAAGACUGUGGUCAGGGAAGGGGGAGAGGGGAACGUGCCCUGAUUUCUCACUUGGAGUGGUAUGGGACAUCACAGUUCUCUCUCUUGAGUUCGUGCAAUCCUCAUCACAAUCCCACUGGAAAAGUGUUACCAUUUCCACCUUGUAGAUGAGCAAGCUGAAGCUGAGAAUGAGAAGCCCUCAACAAAAACCCAUGUACCUCCAAAGCCCAUUCUUUCUUCCCAUCCCAAGUCUCCCAGGUCAAUGGAAAUGCUCCCAGACGGGUCCUGGAAUCUUCCACAAAGCCUUGCCCUCCUCCACCCUGUCUUCCAGUAGAAUGAUUGCAGACCCAUUGGAUCUCUAGAGAGAGGAGUGAUUCUUGCCUUGACUGUUCCCCUUGCUAUUUGGUGGUCCCGCCUAUUCUUUUGAGUGGUUUCACAUUCCAGCUGUCGGCAGGAGAAAACAAUGCCACAUAAAUUGUCAGUCUGGUUCAUGUUGGAAUCCACUAGCUCUGGGAGUUUGGUAUGGCUGCAGAUAAUCCCACAAGUGCCCCUUGUUCCUUAUCCCCAAGGAUCUCCUUUCAUUGUUUUAACCAAACAAGUUCAAAUGUCCCUCCCUCCCAACUCUGGUCUUUUGUCUCUAGACUGCCCCUUUAUUCCAGGGCUUUGAAAUCCUGCAGAAACAGUUGGGUCUUCAAAAACACUCCCUGGAAGGCCAAACGCUCAGAACAGUUUGUGUUUUUCUUUCUUGAUAUGAAAAGAUCAAGGUUCCCAGUGGAAGCCAACCUGAUCUGAUAAUUGGGCUCUUAUUUUCCCUCUGAAUCCUGUUCUAAGGGAGGGGAGGAUAGCUUCUCCCUCCGAAGUUCCUCUGAGGGCUCAGAGUCUGGGUGGAAGGACAAAUUCCCAGCCUGGGUGCCGCUAUCUUUUCAGGUGUCAGAGGCUUUGCUUUAGAGAUGGGAGGUAGGCUCUGACCCAUCUUGAAAAUCACCUUAGAAAGACGGGCCAGCUUCAGCAGACUUGUCAAUCCUUCCCUGUUUUAAAGGAAAAUGCUUUCCCCAUUGCUUUCAGGGGGAUAUGGCUCUUCUUGUACUUUUUCCUCUUCGUAAUGCAGCAGUGAUGGAAAAUACCAGUCUUUGAAGAGCACGUGGAGGUUUCCAGCGACAUGAAUCCAUUGUAUCUGAUUUUGGAUUGUAUUUUCUUUAACCCCCUUUUAUGGCAUAGAAUUCUGGUGCCUUGCUCCCUGAAUUUGUCUCCAUGCUAACAGUAGGCUUUCUUCACAUUCUGGCUUACACGGGAACACAACUCUUCCACAAGUGGCCUUUAGUGCUCUUUAUAAUAUGAUUUCCUGUAAUUUUUAAACUGUGUGUAAUUUAUAUUCUGGCUGUGUCCAAUCUUUGAACAACUUUACUAGGUUGAUUUCCAUAUAUAUUAUGCAAACAAUUCUUACCUGAUUUUUUAUGUUCUAUCUUAAAUAAAUACUGCACCACUUAUUAAUAAAUAGACAUUUCAAUGAC